AUGGAGCAAGUGCUAUCCCCCUCGAUCAAUGCUCCAUUCCUCAAUUUCAUGGCUAGACUUCCUAAAUUCACCAAGGAAGUGAUGACUAAUCAAAAGGAGUUAGAAAAAGCAUUCACUAUUGUGCUAAAUGAAUUAUUCUCUACUACCAUCAUUGAUAAAUUUCCAAUAAAAAUGGGGGAUCCGGUCCGAUUAACUCUACCUUGUGAAUUUGGCAAUUACACUUCAAUAAAUGCUUUAGCCAAUUCGGGGACUAGCAUAAAUCUCAUGUCAUACUCUUUUUACAAAAAUCUCGCUCUACCAAAGCUACAAAAUACAAGAAUGACACUUCGAAUGGUGGAUUACUUAAUCACUCAUCCACGUGGGAUUGUAGAAGACUUAUCGGUGAAGGUUGGGAGAUUUAUUUUUCCAGUAGAUUUUGUGGUUUUAGACAUGAAAUAA